GUUGGUGCGAGCAGUUGUCGUCCACAGAUCCCCCUCAGCGUCCGCUCAGGGAGCUCAGGACCGUACUGUGGCUGCAGAUCCCUGCCGGAACAUGGAGCUGUUUGAGACCAACCCAUACUUCUUCCCUGACCAGCGCUUCUAUGAUGGUGGGGACGCCUUCUACCCCUCCCGGCUGCCCGCCAGCUACGACCAGGGCGCCUACUCGGAGCGGCCCGCCACGGGGCUCCUGUCGGCCGGUGUGUGUCCAGAGGAGAAGUUGUCACCGACUACGCCAGGGCCGCCCCCAUCCCAGGAGCAGUGUCCGGGUCAGUGUCUGCCUUGGGCCUGCCGCGUCUGCAAGCGUCGCUCGGUGACGGUGGACCGGCGGAGGGCCGCCACGCUGCGAGAGAAGCGCCGGCUGAAGAAGGUGAACGAGGCCUUUGAAGCCCUCAAGCGCAGCACCCUGACCAACCCCAACCAACGGCUGCCCAAAGUGGAGAUCCUGAGGAGCGCCAUCCAGUACAUCGAAAGGUUGCAGGCGCUAGUCAGCUCCCUCAACCAGCAGGAGCGUGAGCAGGCCGGCCUGCUGUACCAGGGCCCCGUGGGGCAUGCGGUGUCCUCUCCUAGAGGCCAGCGCACAAGCAGCACCUGCUGCAGCAGCCCCGAGUGGAGUAGCGCCUCAGAGCCCUGCGCCCCCCCGUACCCAGCCAACCCCGAGGAUCUCCUCAGUGACGACUCCUCAGAGCAGCCCAACUUACGCACCCUCAGCUCCAUCAUGGGCAGCCUCGUGGCGGGAGAAGACGGUCCUGUAGCGUACGCAGGUGACAUCACCAAAUGAGCCCCAGGGUUCACCGAGCCCACCUCAGGGGCCAAAGAAGCACUACCAAGAGACCAGAUCACCAGAAAGGCCCGGCAAGACCUUCCUCCCGGCAGAACCAACGUUCCACAUUAUGACAAACUUCCCUUCCUAUACGGAGGGUCGGAUGAACACGAGACAGCCAGACUGUCCGUACUUAACAUGUAUUUGACAGCUUUUGUCCUUUCCAAAGUUUUCCUUUACGUUCUUUCAUUAAUCACGUGUGUUGUCAUGCUUAAAAUGAGGGUAAAUUUGUGGGGCCAAUAUUCAACACUGCAGUUUGACCAAGUUCAGCGUAAUUUAAACUAGUUAUGAUUGCUAGUGAUGUAAAUAUGUUCCCUUUUUCUACAGAGUGGUUUUGCUAUUGUAUUUUUUAUUUUUUGCUAACUUAUUUUGACUUUUAUAAUAAAGACUGUUGUGUAUUUGCACAUCACUGCC